AUGGCCAGCGAUCCGAACGAUUAUAUCCAAAAAGGUAUUCAAUAUGCCGAACAAGCUAUAGUAGAAGAGAGAGCUCAUAAUUUUGAGGCUGCUAGUAGAAAUUACUUGGCAUCAGCAGAAUGCUUAAUGCAUGCUUUAAAAUAUGGAGCAAUGAAUGAUCAAUUUAAACAAAAUAUUUGUGCGAAAGUGAAUAGUUACAUAAAGCGAGCGGAAGAAAUGAAAGGUAAUUUGAAGAAUGGACCACCAAAAAACAAACCAGUUGCUGAUGGUGUGAAUUCAAAAGAUAAUAAAGAUGAUGAUGAUAGUGAUGAUCCAGAACGAAGACGAAUGAUGCAAAAAAUUGAAGGUAACCGAAUUCGUUACUUCCUCACAAACAAAAUUAUUCAUUUUGUUGUUAUUUCAGGAGCGAUUGUUACUGAUCCACAAGUUACAUUUGCUGACGUUGUUGGUUUAGAACAAGCGAAAAAUGUUUUACAAGAAGCUGUUAUUUUACCAGUGAAAUUUCCAGAUCUUUUUCAAGGUACGAUAUUACAAAGACUAUCAUUAAGUUACCAAAGAAUUUGUUGCUCUAACUAA